AUGAGCCACCUCGCCAUCUACCUCCUGGCGCUGGCGGCGCUUCGCCCCGCCUCAGCCCUCGGAGUAGGACUACAAGACCUCGCCUCAUUACCAAAAUACCAAGUCGACUUCCUCAACGACCUCCCUCUAUCUGAGAGCGACGCGGCGUCCAUCAGGAUCCAUGGCCUGACCCACGAGGACCAGUUCCUCGCCCUCCAUCCCGCCUCUGCGCGGCGAGACACCAUCGAAUCAACUACCUCUCAAAGCAGUACCGACAUCCUCCAGCCUGGCGAGCCAAACUCUCCGGCAGGCCAGAUCACCCUCGUCCCAAUGCUGUACACGCACCCGUCGACCGAGUCCGGGCCGCACUCGUACCUCUGCGCAAUGCCGAGCGUUAAUACAACCAUGGCCCAAACUGUACAAGAAGCAUUGGACGAGCCCGAGCCAGAUCCAGAGGAGAGCUGGCGCGCUCUCUCACAUCUUGACGGACAGUGUCUAUACCUCCGCAUUCCCCAUUCAUGGUUCGCCUACGCGUACGUCCCCCUCCAUAACGCCGCUGAUAUCAGAUACUGUCAUAAUAAGGAUAUUCGGCAGUUCCGGGAAAAGCCCGUCCCACACCCCCAUCCAGAGGACUUUGUGCCUCAGGAAGACCCCGAGUACGACGGGUACACUCUGGGCGUAGCGCAGCCGCGCAAGUCCGCCAGCGAUGCCGUUCAGCGCGCCGAGGCCACCGCGUCAUUCGGGCAGAGCCAUGCGUCGCGAUACCUUGUUCAGCGGUGGACUGGUGGAACGCGAUGCGACCUAACCGGCAAACCCCGCGAAAUCGAGGUGCAGGUCUACUGCUCGAUGACGGGGACGGACAUGAUCUACAUGGUCAACGAGGUGGCGAUUUGCCAGUACGUCAUGGUCAUUCACUCGCCGCACCUCUGUUCGCUGCCGGGAUUCCGGCCCGCAACAGCGGCGGACAUCACACCCGCGCCUGUUAGGUGUAGGGAGAUUGUGCCGGACGACGAUUUUGCCGAGUGGUCCGAGAGGCGUGAUCAUCCCCGAAUCGGUGAGGUGAUGAAAGAGGUGGCAGAGGUGGACGCACGCCUUGCGAGCCAGGAGGAAGAUCCCGAACUCAAGAUUGACGGCCUCAAGGGUGUCAGUAUCAGCAAGGAGGACUUGUCCGCGAUUUUGCAGGCGGCGUUCGGUGGCAUUGCCAAGAAGCGCGAGGAGGUGGCCGACGCCGAGGUGGAACAGGAGAUGGAGGAGGAGGCGGACCAACCUGCCACUGGCGCCAAGGAUAAAGCAACGCCCGACCUCUACGUCGUCAACAUGGACGGCGUGCGCGUGCCAGUCGACAUCGAGUCUGUACCCCCAUCCGAAGAGGAGUCCCGGCGCGCGACCCGGCGCGAGUUCAUGAAGCAGCUGCACGCACAGAUUGAGAAGGAGCUCGGAAUCGGCUUGGCGGACAAGGAGUCUGAGCCCACGUCCGAGCGCGCCGAACAAGCGUCGGGCACAGGACUCGAGGAUCCGCAAGACGCGCCGCCGAUCCAGCGCGACGAGCUAUAA